AACUUCAAGAAAAAUAUAACCUUUUAUCCGAUGAAAUGGCAAUCAAAAUCGUGUGCCUCCGUUGCCGGCAAAAGCUAACGGCGCCGGCCUAUGCCGAGAAAAUUACUUGCCCACAAUGCGGCGAGCUCAAUCCAAUUAUAAAGAAACCGUCGCCGGCGACUUCCCGAGAGCAGGGGAAGAUAAUUCCGCCGUUGAUAGGCAAAUCUAUGGAGAAACUGAGGAAAUUACUGCUCGGUAACACCCAGAGACUUUCGGGUUCAUCGGGGUCAUCAUCCUCGCCGCCGUCCAAGCUUUGCGCUUUGGACCACUCCGGCAACCAACUGCCGGCGAAGAAACGAGCGGUGCUUUGUGGCGUGAGUUACAAGAAAUGGAAGCAUAAGCUUAAAGGGACCAUUAACGAUGUGAUGAACAUGAAAACUUUAUUGACUCAAACGUACGGAUUUCUAGAGCGAAAUAUUUUAGUGCUCACAGAGGAAGAAUCAGACACUCGACUGAUUCCAACGAAGGCUAACAUCGAGAACUGCUUGAAAUGGCUGGUGAACGGUUGUCAGAAGGGAGAUUCAUUGGUUUUCUAUUACUCCGGUCACGGGUUACGACAACCUGAUUUCAACCAAGAUGAACUUGAUGGGUUCGACGAAACCAUUUGCCCUGUUGAUUUCCUUAGAGAAGGAAUGAUUGUCGACAAUGACAUUUACGCCACCAUUGUUAAGCCAUUAUCGGAAGGUGUUACGCUUCACGCCAUUGUUGAUGCUUGCCAUAGCGGAACCAUUCUUGAUCUAGAGCAUGUCUAUGAAAUUAGAGACAAGGGAAAAUGGAUUGAUAAUCGUCCUCCAUCAGGCGUGAGAAAAAAAACAAGUGGUGGCAUAGCGUAUUCUAUAAGUGCUUGCGAAGAUAAUCAAGCUGCUGCGGAUACAUCUGCUUUAAAUCCAAAUACAAUGAAUGGAGCAAUGACAUAUAUUUUACUAGAUGUUGUGAGAGGCAACCCAGAUAUAACAUAUGGAGACCUACUUGACCAAAUUGAGACGAGAAUUGAAGAUGCCAACCAACAAGGAUGCUUUGGUGGUUCAAGAAUAUUAAGCAAAUUGUUUGGUCCCAAUCUCAGUCAGAAGCCUCUGCUUUCAGCUUCUGAAGAGUUUCCAGUUUAUGAGAGGAAAUUUAAACUUUAAUUGUAUUUUAUAUUUAUAUUGGAUCCGCCAUUGAAGUAACAAGGUGCUGUUGGAGGAAAACUGGUUCAACAUCUUCAACUAUUGAUUUCUGUCCCAACUUUUGAUUUUUACUAGUUUCAAGCAGUGUCUAAUUCAAUUGAUUUAGGCUGGUAAAUCUCAGUCCAAUCAAUUUGACAAAAUUCAAA